UACUUAAAAUUGUGACCAAGUUAAGCUCCUUCUCUUAAAAGGUUCCUUUGUAUAUGGUGAUAGAACCUUCUAUAGGCUAAUCAAUGAUAUAAUUUAGGAAACUGACAAGACAAUUGAAGUUACAGAGGCUGUUCCCUUUGACUUGUGCCAUUUCUUCUCUGAAUAAACUUCUAUUGAUGCCCCGCUCCACGUUCCAUUCUUCAGUAUUCUUGUAGUUUGUACCUUCCUCAGACUCCCACUUCAGAAACCAAGUAGAGAGAGGGAGAUUAACAGAAAGUGAUGGGUAGAGCUCCUUGUUGUGACAAGGCAAAUGUAAAGAAAGGGCCAUGGUCACCAGAAGAAGAUGCAAAGCUAAAGGACUACAUAGAGCAACAUGGCACUGGAGGCAAUUGGAUUGCGCUUCCACAAAAAGUUGGUUUGAAAAGAUGUGGAAAGAGUUGUAGACUAAGGUGGCUUAAUUAUCUUAGACCCAACAUUAAGCAUGGUCAAUUCUCUGAAGCAGAAGAUAAAAUAAUCUGUAGCCUCUUUGCUAGCAUUGGAAGCAGGUGGUCCAUAAUAGCAUCUCAGUUGCCGGGGAGGACUGACAAUGAUAUCAAGAACUAUUGGAACACCAAGCUUAAGAAGAAAAUGAUGGCCAUGAAUCCUUCACUCCAAAGGAAGCCUCAACAAAUUACCCUUUUAUCCAUCCUUCAAAGUUCAGCAUAUUCAUCACCAUCGUCAUUCAGAGACAGUAACAACAUCUCAUACUACCACCCUCACGGUUCCUUUUCCUACUCGUCAAAUCUUCUGAGUGGUAACAACACUUCUGCUUCUGCUAAUUCCUUCUUUCAAGCACAAGAGAGUUUCAUUGACCCCACUCAGAAGUGCCAAUUCAAAGAUAGCAGCAACAAUAGCAUGUUUUUGUUUGGUGGUGAAGCCACAGCCACAGCCACUAGUUGCAGCUCUUCUGAUGGGAGCUGCAACAACCAGAUAAGCCAUGUCAUAGAGCCAGAGUUUGGUGAUGCAAGUUUUGUUGGUGGGGCUAAUAAUAAUAUUCACCCCUACAGUGGGGUGCUGGAAGAUAAUAAUACUCAGAAGUUGAUGAUGUUCUCCAAUGCUGGUGGUAGUGGUAGUGUUAGUGGGUGGACAGACAAACAAAAUGGAUUAUUAUGGGAACAAAAUCCAUUGGAUUAUGGUCUAGAUGAAAUUAAACAGCUAAUUAGCACUAAUAACAGUUGCAACAACUUUUUGUUUGAUGACAAGAAGACACAAGAAAGAGUCACUUACUUCUGAUGAUGCUGACUGUGAUUAAAAAUUAAGAAGAUUUCUUCAGACUUGUGACUUGUUGGACUCUGUUUGUUUGUGCUUUUGUGGUAUGGGUUUUUAGUUUUAGUUUUUACUUUUUAGUAUUGAAUUAAAUAGAACCACUUUCUUUGUUUGAAAGCACAUUGUAAAAGUUUCCUUUUUGCAGUUACUUUGCCGACGUAACCCUACCCAUUCACAUUCAAACCAUAUACACAUGUCCUAAGGAAGAUAAUAAAAAAAGGAGGAACACUAGGAACCUUUGAUAACUAGAGUUCCCUGUAUGUAAUCCUUUCAUCAUCUUCCAAACAUCAUAAAGAGGCUUGCGGUAGCAUCCACUAAUAUUUUUCGUGUA